AUGAUAUCAUCUGCCUAUGUUCGAUUCCUUUUCCACUAUAAAACCUGCCCCCUUCAUAGAGGUGAGAAUGAUAAUCGCUACAACACUAACGAAAACACAAUCCAACGUCGCCUCAAAUUACAACCUUUUACAAUGGAGCCUGAAUUUCCGAACAAGAGCGAGCUUCAAAAGCAAGCCGUCGAAGGCAGACCCAUCACUCAGACUGAGGCUUCAACUGUCGCAACACUAGAGUCGAAUAUGACCGGCUCUGGGCCCAUCAAAGGCGGUAGCGCGGCCACGGCACAAAGUCUGCAUGACAAGCAGCAAAACUUUGUGGCCACAGCUGGCGAAGUUGCGCGGAAGCCUGCGAAUGAGAUUACAAAAGAGGAUGCUGCACAUGUGCAAAGUGCAGAGGCUCGCGUAUUAGGAGGUCGACCGCCCAAAGGAUCCACGUCUGCUGAUGUGCAGUCGCUUGCUGAUGAGAAUGAGAAAACAAAGGGAUCAUGA